CCAGUGGCGGGCAGACCCGACUACAGUAUCUAGCGAGCAAGGGCUGCCUGGCAGUGUUAAUCGUGGCGUUCUAGUGCAAAGAUACCGGCCGCUCCUCGCUGUACGAUGCGAAGGAACUGCAAAGUAUUCAUAUUCCUCUCUUUCGUGUGGACCUUUGGCGUUGUUGUGUAUCUCAACACCAGCAAGGAUGUCAAGAAGCCGCUAAGAAGCAGAGCAACUGCUCAGUACAUACCGGGAUCAGAGAACCUCGCCCUGCGACUGAAGGACUCGGCCGUGACCUCGCAGCAAGGGUCCGGGUCGUCGGCAUCGAGAUCCUCCUCGGCCGGAGGAGGGGGCGGGCCCGCUGGGAACCAUGGGUCCGGGGCUGCCGCUGGAGGAGGGUCGGGAGGGGGCGUCAAGCCCUCCUUGUUCCUGGACGAGGAGGCCUACAUCGCGGCGGCCACCCUCAGCCCCGGGGCCGACGCCUACGCCCGCAAUAAAUUCAACCAGGCCGAGAGCGAUAAGCUGGCCUCCAACCGAGCCAUCCCCGACACCAGGCACUUCACGUGUCGCAAGAAAGAGUGGAAGACUGACCUUCCCCAGACUUCCGUUAUCAUCACCUUCCACAACGAAGCCCGCUCGACUCUGCUCCGGACUGUCGUCAGUGUGCUGAACCGAAGUCCCGAACAUCUCGUCAAAGAAAUCAUUCUCGUGGAUGACUUCAGCGAUGAUCCUCUCGACGGGGCAGAACUCGCAAAGAUCCAGAAAGUUCGAGUCAUAAGGAACAGUCAGCGUGAAGGUUUGAUGCGAUCCCGUGUGCGCGGUUCGGACGCCGCAACGGCCCCCAUUCUCACCUUCCUGGAUUCGCAUUGCGAAUGCAACCAACACUGGCUGGAGCCGAUGCUGGAAAGGGUGUCUGAGGACCGGACCCGCGUUGUGUGUCCGAUCAUAGAUGUGAUCAGCAUGGACACCUUCCAGUACAUAGGAGCCUCGGCGGACCUGCGCGGCGGCUUUGACUGGAAUCUGGUCUUCAAGUGGGAAUACCUAUCGAGUGACGAGAAGAAGAAGAGGCAGAAGGAUCCAACGCAAGUGAUAAAGACACCAAUGAUUGCUGGAGGUUUAUUUAUGAUUGAUAAAUCAUACUUCGAGGAGCUCGGGAAAUACGACAUGGCUAUGGAUAUUUGGGGUGGUGAAAAUCUUGAAAUAUCAUUCCGGGUGUGGCAGUGUGGAGGCAGCUUGGAGAUCGUCCCCUGCUCAAGAGUUGGUCACGUAUUCCGGAAGCAGCAUCCUUAUACGUUCCCUGGUGGAUCGGGCAAUGUCUUUGCUCGAAACACACGUAGAGCAGCAGAGGUUUGGAUGGAUGAUUACAAGAAAUAUUACUACUCGGCCGUUCCUCUUGCCAAAAGUGUCAAUUAUGGAAAUAUCCAGAGUCGUAUUGAACUGCGGAAACAGCUUAAGUGUCACAAUUUCAAAUGGUACAUGGAUAAUGUAUACCCAGAAUUGAAGGUCCCUGAUGCAGCUCAUUCUACCUUCGGCGUCUUCAAGCAAGGACUCAAGUGUAUGGAUACCUUAGGCCACAGAGCUGAAGGCAGCAUAGGCCUUUAUGCAUGCCAUGGCACAGGUGGCAACCAGGAGUGGUCAAUAACCAAGGACCAGUUGAUCAAACACAGCGAACUCUGUUUGACUCUCCCAGAACCAAGGGCUGGUGUGACUCUUAUCUUGGAACCCUGUCAAAAUAAUGAUCUUCAGAGAUGGGUUCGCACAGAUGGUGACCGCAUGAUCAAGUCAGAAGGGCAUAAUCUCUGUAUUGAUAGUGUCAGAGAAAAGGUGGCAGGGUUGGUUUCAGAACGUUGUGACAAAACUAUUCUCUCCCAGAGAUGGACUUUUGUAGCCAAUAAAUCCUAAUAUUUGGACAUGGAUGAAAUUUUGUUCUGAAUAUGACAUUUGGAAUACUGUAGUUUUUAAGUGAGCUUUCUUGAAACUCAGCAGUUACAACAACAGAAUCUAUGUGGCUCUGGAAGAAUUAUUUCUCUUGAAGACACAUGUGUUAGGGAAAUUUUCCUAUGAGUGAAGUUGAAGCAUUCCUUUUAAAAUGCAUUUUUUUUAAAUUUUCAGUUGUAGUCGCUUUCUUUCUCUAUAGGUGAAAAACAGUGAGAAUCACUUCCUAGUGUUCCAUUUUCAAGUUGGGAAAGUCAUUAAGAAUCUUUCGUUGUUUGUGUAUUGCUGGCUGUGGUGUCAUGCAUAAAUCCCCUGCCCAUAUUCCCAUGACAAGAAUGAAGUGAACUUUUGUAUAUUAGUUGGUGACAUGAAAUUCAAUUGUGAUGCCUAUUGAUGUCACUCAGUGAUAGCAGCCUAAGAGACUGCUUGAUGUGAUAAUGCUGAUUACAGACUGCUUUUACCUCAGAUAGUGGGAGACCAUUAUAUACAGUAACACUGCUACAGAGAAGUUGCUGCCAUUAUUGCUGAUGUGGAAGUUACCCAAAGCCAUUUUUAUUUAGUCUUGGAUGAACUGACCACAUUGCAAUUGGUGACAUUAACUUUAUAAAUGAAAUGAACUCUUUUUGAUUACAUGACUGAAGUGCAGUCUGAGUAGUUCUGAAAAUUUUGAAAUAAGUAUUCAAAAGCAACCUCAGUCGACUGUAAUAGUGAAGAUUUUGGUACAUUCGAUGAAGAUACAGCACAUUCAUAAUUAAAAGCUGAGUAAAGAUGUGAACUCUAUACCAGGUGUAUAGUGUUUUCAGUAUAUAUUUGAAGUACGUAUACAUAGAGGUGUAUAUGUUUUAGCACAGAAGCAGUUGUUAAAGUGGUACACACAUGACUCACUUCUUUGUAAAAAGUUUUAGUUAUUGUACAGUAGUUAUGCACUGCUGGCCAGGGCUGCUCCUUUAAGAUACAAGCUUGAAACAUGCACAGAAAGACAAAAAGAUUGUUAUUUUUCUCUAAUGAAAAAGGCUGUAAGAUUGUUACCUAAAAUGAAGAGGUGUACUUCAACUUAAGGAGGCUAUUGUAGUUGUUAUAGAAUAGAAGGUAAGUACCCAGAACUUUAGACUUACUACAAGCAACUCUUACAGUGAUGUGAAAAUAGUAAGCAAUCCACUGUGCUGCAUUCAACACUGCUUGGUUGACCACCGUAUCAUAGAGCUGUACAAUAAUGUAAAUACUGUAGUUAUUAGUGAGCAUCUGUUAUUCUAGUCCAUUUCCAACCUUCACGAAUAAUGCCUUUCUAAUGUUUCUUGUGCUGGUGCUGCCAUGAAGAAUUUGAACACAUAAACAAAGGUUUGUGCAGAGCACUAUUCACACACACACACACACCCAGUACAUAUGAGUACAUUGCUCAUACAUACAAACACAGACGCACACUUGAAAUCACCAGAAAACAUAAUAUAUAUAUGUACGUAUAUGCAGAUGAGCCUCAGGGAAAAAUGAAACACUGGGAUAUUUGCUGACCGGAUUUACCUUGAGUUUUCUAAGACAUUUUCAAAAGUUACUGGUACAUUGUGGUAGAAUUCAACAAAUAUGAGUUAGAGUGAUAGGAGAAACAAGGAUACAGACUGUGGAAGAGAUAGUUACCACUGUUUAAUAGAAAAAAAAAAGAGAGAAACAGUAAAUUCAUUAGUGACAGAGGUCAGUGAUCCAUUUACAAAUCUGGUGAGCCCACUAGCUUAAGUAAACAAGGAUUGUAAAUGGUGCUAAUGAGUUUUGUGCUCCUUCUUCUUUAAUUUAUUUAUAUCUUCAGAUGGGAAUAUUUUCCCUAAUGUCUGCAUAUUUAUUUGUACUGUCACUCCAGCAUCUAUGUUGUAUCUAUCAACCACUAUGCAUCAGUCCGCUUAAAGAUAUCAUAGGAAAAUAAAGCCAAACUGGUCAAGAUGGAUACUCGGGAAUUUCAUUUUACUUGUGAUGCAUUAGCAUAUUCUAGAUGAAAUCCAGCAUUAAAGUUCUUAUUUAUAGCAUGAGUGGGAUUUAAAGCCAAGAACUCUGCUGUAUAGUACUACAUGGCAUUGCUCUACCACUGAGCUCCAGGAGCUUUGAACUUUAUCAUAUUCAACUCCUAUAAUACUACUGAAAUAUAGCAGCUUUUGUGAAUAAGUAGCAAAUGUAAACUCCAUUGAAAGUGUACAGGGGAAAUAUUCCAAAUUGCAAUAUAGCUGGAGAACUACAUAGUAAUAUAAAAAAAAACCCUAAUUCACUUUAUAUUCAUGUGGGUCUAUGCAUCAUCAAGUAGUGAUGCAAACCCACAGGAAGUUCUGUACCUGCACUGGUAGAAACUCAGAGAACUACAAAUUUACAAACCUAAGAGAUUACCAAAUUUGAUUUGGAUGAUGUAUUACUGAACAUGAAACAGUAAUAACAAAUACCUCCAGUGCAGUGCUUGAUUCAGUAUUUUAUUUUAAAGCACUUCAGGAAGUACUACACACAUUCAAGUAAGUUGAUGUUUUAUAUAUAUAU